UAAAAAACAAAUUCCCAUCAAAUUCGGAGACUUUGGAUUCUCUGUUUCGCGCGCUUCGCAGUUCAUCUUCCCCAACGACUCUGCUCCUUCCCCUUCUCUCCAUCUCUCUCUCGUUCUAAUCUUCGACAAUGGAGGAAAUGGAAGACACUGAAACCGAACCACAGGUUUACAUGGCUUGUAUUCAGCACGGUCGGAGAGUUGGAGUUUCUUACUACGACUGUAGUGUACGCCAGCUUCAUGUGCUAGAAUUUUGGGAAGAAGAUUGCUCAGAUUUUACAUUGAUCAAUAUGGUAAAAUAUCAAGCGAAGCCAUCGAUCAUUUACGCAAGCACGAAAAGUGAAGAAUCCUUUGUAGCUGCUUUGCAGCAGAAUGACGGAACUGACGAGACUACCAUGGUAAAGCUGGUAAAGAGCUCAACAUUCAGCUACGAGCAAGCGUGGCACAGACUGGUAUAUCUUCGAGUAACUGGAAUGGAUGAUGGAUUGAACAUCAAAGAAAGGAUUUGUUAUCUGAGUUCCAUGAUGGAUGUGGGCAGUGAAGUCCAAGUUCGUGUUAGUGGUGGUCUUCUUGCUAUAUUAGAAAGCGAACGAAUUGUAGAAACCCUGGAACAAAACGAAUCUGGGAGUGCAUCAAUCGCAAUUGAUUCAGUCAUGGAAGUACCAUUGAACAAGUUUCUUAAACUUGAUGCUGCUGCUCACGAGGCUCUGCAGAUAUUUCAGACAGAUAAACAUCCAAGCCAUAUGGGCAUUGGCCGGGCCAAAGAAGGGUUCUCGGUAUUUGGAAUGAUGAAUAAGUGUGCCACGCCAAUGGGUAGACGCCUUUUAAGAAGCUGGUUUAUGAGACCAAUUUUAGAUCUUGAAGUGUUAGAUCGCCGUCUCAAUGCUAUUUCCUUUUUCAUUUCUUCAGUAGAGCUGAUGGCAUCAUUGCGGGAGACACUGAAAUCAGUGAAGGACAUUUCACAUCUACUCAAGAAAUUCAACUCUCCGACGUCCCUCUGUACCAGUAACGACUGGACAGCUUUCUUGAAGAGCAUAAGUGCGCUCCUGCACGUGAAUAAGAUAUUUGAAGUUGGAGUUUCAGAAAGUCUCAGAGAGCAUAUGAGACGCUUCAACUUGGACAUUAUUGAGAAGGCCGGCUUAUGUAUCAGCACAGAGCUAGAUUAUGUCUAUGAACUGGUCAUUGGAGUCAUUGAUGUUACUAGAAGCAAAGAGAGGGGAUAUCAAACUUUGGUUAAAGAAGGAUUCUGUGCUGAGUUGGAUGAGCUCAGGCAAAUAUAUGAGGAGUUGCCAGAAUUUCUGCAGGAGGUUUCAGCGAUGGAGUUAGAACACUUUCCUCAUUUGCAUAAGGAAAAGCUUCCUCCUUGUAUCGUCUAUAUUCAACAAAUUGGGUACCUCAUGUGUAUCUUUGGAGAAAAGCUUGAUGAAACUGCUCUUAAUAGGCUUACUGAAUUUGAAUUUGCGUUUUCUGAUAUGGAUGGAGAGACUCAGCGAUUCUUUUACCAUACCUCGAAGACACGAGAGUUAGACAACCUUCUUGGAGAUAUCUACCACAAAAUUUUAGAUAUGGAAAGGGCAAUUAUUAGGGACUUGCUGUCACACACACUUUUGUUCUCGGCUCACCUGCUGAAGGCAGUUAACUUUGUUGCAGAACUUGAUUGCAUUUUAUCGUUGGCUUGUGUAGCCCAUCAGAAUAACUACGUAAGGCCUGUCCUGACAGUAGAAUCAUUGCUUGAUAUUCGAAAUGGAAGGCAUGUUUUGCAGGAAAUGGCUGUAGAUACUUUUAUCCCAAACGACACUGAAAUCAAUGAUAAUGGACGAAUUCAUAUAAUUACCGGGCCUAAUUACUCAGGAAAGAGCAUAUAUGUAAAGCAGGUGGCGUUAAUUGUUUUCCUAUCCCAUAUUGGAAGCUUUGUACCAGCAGAUGCAGCAACUGUUGGUUUAACUGACAGGAUCUUUUGUGCAAUGGGAAGCAAGUUCAUGACCGCGGAGCAAUCUACAUUCAUGAUAGAUCUGCAUCAAGUAGGAAUGAUGCUCAGGCAGGCAACUUCAAGAUCUCUGUGUCUCUUAGACGAGUUUGGUAAAGGCACUCUUACAGAAGAUGGUAUUGGCUUGCUUGGUGGGACAAUUAGUCACUUUGCUACAUGUGCUGAGCCACCAAGGGUUGUAGUAUGUACGCACUUGACUGAGCUACUUAACGAGAGCUGCUUGCCUGUUUCUGAGAAGAUUAAGUUCUACACAAUGAGCGUUCUUAGGCCAGACACAGAAUCUGCAAACAUGGAAGAGAUUGUUUUUCUUUAUAGGUUAAUUCCGGGACAAACUUUGCUGAGCUAUGGCCUUCACUGUGCGCUACUCGCUGGUACAUUUAGGAAGAUUACUAAUAUCUUUAAUGAAUUGAAUACAAUUUUUGAUGGAUCUAUUUACGACUGUGGAUUAUAGAGUAACAAAAGGAAAUUUUCACUAUUGUUGAUGCAAGGUGUCCCGGAGGAAGUCGUGAAGAGAGCAGCCAUCGUGUUGGACGCCUUUGAGAGUAACAACAACGUCGAUAAACUAAGCCUUGACAAAAUAUCGUCUCAAGAUCAAGCAUUCAAGGAUGCUGUUGACAAGUUUGCGGAGCUUGACAUCAGUAAAGGUGACAUCCAUGCCUUCUUUCAAGAUAUCUUCACUUCCUAAACCCUUACUUAAAAGUCAAGAUCACCGUAUACAAAAUGUAACCAACGACAGUAGAUUUUUAAAACGGAAGCCAGUUUUGUAUUAAAAUAGAAUUACAUAAAACUAUUGUAUUGGUUGGUUUAGAUUUCUUCUUCUCUUUAAAAGAAAAAAACCAAACAAAAGCCACACUCAAGUGUACCAAAUAAAACCAAAACCAUUUUGCU